ACAUCACAUACAUCUACAAUUCGCCCCAUGAGUUUCGGAGGAUUUCCACUCGGAGGCAGAGGCCUCGGGGGCACCAGCAGCAAUGAGCCCCUCACGCCAGAACAGCAGCAAAUGCAAAUGGCCAAAACCAUCCAAGCAGGCAUGGAGUCCUGUCCCGUAAAAACCGUAAUCUCAGGAGGGAUGGGAUUCGGCCUGGGCGCUUUAUUCGGCCUCUUCAUGGCCAGCAUGUCCUACGACACCCCCAUGACCGGCCUCCCCGGCGCCCCAUCCGCGAGCCUCCAAAACCUCCCGCUGAAGGAACAACUGAGGCGCGGCUUCAAGGACAUGGGUCAACGCUCCUACUCCACCGGGAAGAACUUCGCCCUCGUCGGCAGUAUAUUCGCCGGCACGGAAUGCUGCAUCGAGGGAUUCCGCGCCAAGAAUGAUAUGUACAAUGGCAUGUCGGCCGGGUGCGUUACCGGCGGCGUUCUCGCGGCCAAGGCGGGGCCGCAGGCGGCGGCGGUUGGGUGUGCGGGGUUUGCGGCGUUUAGCGCUGCUAUUGAUUAUUAUUUGAGGCACAUGGAUUAGGUUGGGGAGAUUGUGUAUUCUCAUCUCAGUUUUUUUUUUGUUUCUUUGAUUGAGGUUGGUACUUGUUUGCUUGUUCGGGCGAGGUUUUUAAUUUCGGUGUAUAUAAAGUUGUGCGCAGCUGAGGAAGGUUAGAACGGGGUAAUUUGUAUGAUAUGGGUGGGGUAUGAUAAUAGAUUGGUCAUGAAUA